UGUGUGUUGACUCCAGCCCCCUCGCUCUACUUCCUGUGCCAUAACUUCACUGUACACAACAGGACCACGUUCACCGUAGAGGCGGCUCUCACCCGGUGAACACGAAGCUAGUUCCUUUUCAACUUGAUUUGUCUACUGACACAGAGGCUUCUGUUCUUCUCAGCGUGAGGACUGGCCAUGACACAGCAGGAGCAGCAGGAGUUCACGGAGAGCCUGGAAGCGGCCCUUUCCUGGAUGCGGGCCAUCCAGGAGAGACUGAAGGCCAAUGACAACACCCAUGGACCUCUGGAUGCCCUGGAGGGCCGACUCAGGGAGACAGAGAAGAUUCAUCAAUCGGCGCAUGAGGGUCGUGUGAAGAUGGAUAUGGCGCUGGUGGCAGCUGAUAACCUUUUGCAAAACGGAGACGACGAAGUGAGGAACCACACCCAUGCUAAGCUUAAAGACCUGAAGAACCUGUGGGAGGAGACCAGCACCUACAUCAUCCACUGUCACAGUCGCAUAGAGUGGGUGUGGCUCCACUGGGGCGAGUACCUGAAGGCCUACGGGGAGUUUGAGUUGUGGCUGAUGAGCCGGCAGCGCAGCCUCGAUGUUGUGGUGGAGCUGCAGCUGGGGGCAAAGGAGAAGCUCUGGCAGGUGGACCAGCAGAGGGUGGUGGUGAGCGACAUCCACGGCCAGGCAGCACUUCUGGAGAGGCUGCUGGACGAGGCCGCCGCCCUGCACAACAGAACCCAGGACCCCAGUGUGGAUCCCCAGGCCCAGGAGCGCAUGCAGGAGGCCUACAACGAUAUCAGAGACAGAGCUGAGGAGCGUCUGUCGCUGCUCCAGAGGAUGGCGGAGGAGCACCAGACGUACCAAGGCUGCGUUCAGAGGUUCCAGUCGUGGCUGCGGUCGAAAAACAAGGAGCUCACUGAUCUCAUGGACAGGGAGGAUACUGCUGAGAACAAGCUCAAAGCCUUACAAGCUCUGGACGACAGCAUAGCCGGCGAGGAAAAGACCCUGCAGCACAUCGAGGGAGUGGCGGAGGCGGUGAGGGGCAACACCUCUCCCUCUGGGGCGGAGGUGGUGAUGGAGGAGGCAGAGGACCUGAGGCUGGGCUGGCAGAGGCUGAGGCAGCGCCUGUUUGAGUCUGAGGAGGGCCUGCGCUCCAGCCUUGACUCCCACAGUCAGUACGUGGCCAGGUGCCAGCGGCUGGGAGAGGACAUCGGCCAGCUCAGGGUGCUGCUGCAGGGGCUGGACCUGGAACUGGAGGAGGGCCGCGAGGGGAGGGGCAACACUGACAGGACCGAGGAGGAGAUGGUGGGGCAGUGGAAAAAAUACACGGGUGUGAGGAAUACUCUGGCAGGCGAGGAGUCCCAAGUGGAACUACUCAAGGCUCAGCUCAAGGAGCUCUUCAGGUUCUCAGAGGACUCGCGUCACCUUUCUGAUGACGUCCUAGCUGUUGUUAAAGAACAUCAGAGUGUGAAGUGCAGAGCGACGAGGCUGUGUUCAGAGUCGGAGUCGGGGCUGAGGAGCGUUCUCCAGGACCCGUUGCUGGUCUACACACACUGGGCCCACAUGGUCUCUCAGCUUCUGGAGGCCUCCGCUGAGGUCACUGACUUCUCCCACAGCGACAUGCUGGUACAGAGCAUCGAGCAUCUGCUGAUGGCCAGCAUCCAGCUGCAAGAGCGCCUCAGCUUGCUGCAGGUGAAGGGCCACCUGCUGGACUCGGUUUUCGGCCCCGAGGGGUCCGACAACCUGCAGGGAGAGCUGGAGGCCGCCGUCAGGAACAGAGAGCUGAUGCACGCUCAGCUGCUGCAGAGGAAGAGCAGGCUGCAGGGCUUAAUCUCAAGAAGUAAGGACUUUGGCGACGCCCAUGAGUCGAUUUGCUCCAGGCUGGCGGCUCUGCAGGACCAGCUGGUAGCAGCCGACGGCCUGCAGCCUGAUAUCCUGGCCAAGAAGAGCCAGUCAGACCAGUUCAGGGUGAUCCUGAAGGACCUGGAGGACUGUGAGGCCCCCAUCACAGCGCUGGAGACUCUGGUCUCGUCCAGUCAGAGCAACCAGACUCAGUACGAGAGGCUCCAUGCCGAGUGGAAACACCUGCACAUGGCCGCCAGGGUGAAGGUGCACGACAGCGAGGAGAGCAUCUCGGCCCAUGAGAGCUUCCACGACAGCUUGCUGAACCUGGAGAAGUGGCUGAUGAUCAUGAAGCAGAGGCUGGAGUCCUUCCACAGCCCCCCAGCAGAGUGGAGCGUGGAGGGCCGUCAGCAUGAAGCUGAGAGAGCACUAGGAGAGUUCCCUGAGAAGGAACUCCAGCUGCAGCAGAUGGAGGUCCAGGGUAAGGGCGUUUUGGAGAGGACCUCAGAGGAGGGACGGGUCCACAUUCUGCGAGACAUUCGCCGCCUCCAAGAGUCCUGGUUCGCUCUGUCCGAUACCAGCCUCAAUCUUCACAGGCUGCUGGACCGCUCCACAGAGCAGACACAGUCCGUCUCAUGGGGGGAUGCAGGCCUGUCCCGGACCACAGAGCUCUGUGUAGGGGAGGGAGGUGGUCAGGGCGGGGCCUCGAGAGGCCAACUAGGAGGCAAGCCUGCUGGCAUGUAUGGCGCCAUGGUCGGCUUUGGAUCUGGAGGAGGAGGAAGCCUAGAGGGAGAGGCGGGACAGGGGACAGCGACUGGAGAGCGCGGUCGGAUCCAGGGCCACGGCGGAGGUCAUCUCUGCCUGGACGAACAAGACGCGAUAGCCGAGGACGGCCUGCGCUCCUUUAAAGGAGACCACGUGGACUCCUCCACUUGGAGAAUUUGCAGCAGAGCAGGCCAGAGAGGCUCCACUGGAAGCCCUGACAGUGACACAUCACCGGGGGGCGGCAGCAGCAUCCUAGCAGGAAACAGAGAGGCAACGUCGCUAUCCUCAAGGGUCGGCGCGGAGGCAGGGGACGGCCUGAGCCCGGGAGGAGGAGCCUUCAUGCUGUACAGAAGGGAGCCCACUCAGCACCAACCGGGGGGCACGGCAGAGUACAAGUCGAGGAGGAGGGAGUUUGAGGCCUGGCUGUCACAAGAGAAUGAGCUGCUCUCAGGGGUCUGCAGCAGCCAGGGAACAACACUCAGUGCCAAAGAACUCAGGAGCCAGCAGGGAACCCUCAAGGCUCUGAGGGCCGCAGUGGGACGGGGCCAGGAGCAGUUCCAGCUGUUACUCCAGGAGAGACCGGCCAGUGACGCUGGUGCUGAACCAGCAGAAGAUGUGAGUCUGGAGGAGCUCCGCUACCGCUGGAUGCUCUACAAGUCCAAACUGAAGGACGUGGGGGAGCUCAGGUCCAGGGCCAAGACCAAGAGAAUCCAAGCCGAACCAGAGGAGCCGGCCUCCACAGCUAAAGUGCAAAAGAAGGCCGGCCUGUGUCAGCGCGUGUGUCGCCUGGCUCUUCCUCUGUGGCUCCUCCUCCUGGCGCUGCUGCUCCUGGCCUUCCUGCUGCCCCUCAUGGACGAAGGCAACAGUUGCUCCCUCUCCAACAACUUUGCCCGUUCCUUCAACAUCAUGCUCCGUUAUGAAGGACCGCCCCCCACAUAAGGGCGGGGUUCUGUCUUACCUCACUCUCAUGGUCUGCGGCUAAUGUAGGAAACGUUGACCUGUCCUUUGAUCACACUGCGGGAGACUGGUUCAGUAGCUUUAAUCUCAUUUUAGAACCAACCCAAACUUUUUAGUAGAUUUUCUCUCACCAAAAAUCACAUGCUGUGAUGGAAGGAAUUCCCAAAGCCCACAUUUCCCUGAUGCUUGUGCUCAUUCUCAGAUCCCAUGCUUCUUUACAGUCUAAAGAGAAUAAAUAAAUGAUAAUAAUAAAUAAUAGGGUAGUCAUUAGGAGAAAAUAAGUUCUCCUAAUUGCAAUUGCAGUUGAAUGACAGUCAUCUUUUAAAGCACAAAACAGCGCCCUCUAUAGGAGGAGGGCCCAUAAACACCCCACAAGCAUCAAUCGGGGAGGUGGAGGGGGGGCUUUUCUGCAGCGUCCACACAAGGAGGGAAAUUUAAUAACUCAAGUUCUUAGGCUCCUCCUCCUGGCCUUCAUGGACGCACGCAGCAGCUUCUCCAUCUCCAACCGUCUGCUCCUUCCACAUCAUGCUCCAUCACAAAGGGCCGCCCUGUGAAAUGCAUGAGUGCAAUAGGACUGCAACUCCACUUCUCAUUCUAAGAGUCCUCUUUUUUCACAGUUUUAAUAUGACAGUCAGCUGUUACAGCCGAUGCUCAAUGCUGUUAGCUGACGCUGUGCUCAGGACAUGUAGCAGUGUUAUACAUUACAUUACAUUACAUUACAUGUCAUUUAGCUGACGCUUUUAUCCAAAGCGACUUGCAAUAAGUGCAUUUCCACAUAGAGAUACACAGGUACUACAAAGUGCAGCUUUUUAUUUGAAAUGCUUGUGUUUCUUCUUUUUGAAGACAUGAAGGUCUAAAGAGGACGUUGUGUGUCCCUGGUGUGGAUGACAAUCCUUUCUGUUGUGACUGGGACCGGUGGCGUCCGGUGCUUCCACCUCUUUGUGGUCUGUAACACCCGCAGUCCACUGUGGACGUGGACUCCCACUAGAGAGCGGACGCCUCAUGCCGUCCUGCUUGCAGAUCCCGUUGCUUACAGAUUCUUUCAUAUGCAGAUGCCUGCUGCUCCUCCACUAGCAGCAUGUCAUGGACGAGUUAACAUGUUGCACAGAUUUACUCCCCAGCACGGAGCGCCCCCCCCCAGCGUACUGCCCAACGAAUCAGCUGGCCUUUUUUGCAAAUGGAGCUGAGAUUAGAGGUCUGAAAUCCAACACAAUCAUCGGUGCCUGGACGAAUGGGACGAACAGCAGGACUUCCUGUUGAGCAGGGAGGUCUUCCAGAGCUUCCUGUUACAUCUUUUUAUUGAUUUAAAGGAACAUCCACAGACAAACGGCAAAGUGAGAGAGAGGAAUCCCUCUCCUCUCAUCACGCUGCUCACAUGAAGACCGACAAUCGCAUGGCAGAAUGGGACCUUACUCUUAAUCAUCGUGUGUGUGUGUGUAGGAGGGGUCGGGGGGGCAGGAGCCCUCUUCCCUUCUAGUGACAUUCCUCAUGGAAUCCACAUCCAAUGCUCUGGGUUCUAACUUGCGUGCUUCGUCAGAGGGUUCAGCAGUGUGACUUUGAAUCACACGACAAAAAUACACCCAAACACCUCCGCACACCCUCAAAAACAGUCACUUGGUGUGCAGACUGCUAUUGAUCAAUCAAGUUGCCGCGGCAACAGUGACCAAAUGGAGUGAAUCUACAUUUUGUUGCACAGCUCCACUGUCUGAUUCAAAGUACUGAAGCACGUUUCAGUUGAUAAAGACGAUGAACUUCAGCCUCCUCAGAUCAACACCUCCAUCUCCACCGCUCCAUGCUACAUGGUACCAUGUGACCAUGGCCUUAAAGCUUUACACCAUGCAGGGGAUCCUUUGUAUCGGUGCCAUAACCUCCUGUACGUAUUCACUGAGGAGCUUCAUGAAGCACUCCCAGUCAGUCCAGCAUACAGCUGAGAGGCGUAGUGUGUGUUCUGCUUAUUGCACCACCUUCUCCCUUCCUCCACUCCAUGGCGUCCAGCGAUACUUAUGCAACAUAUGAAGCCACUUCUGGCCCUUUAAUUACGUGUCUUUGGGUCCACGGUUAUGCAAAAAGUGUCAGGUAGAGGCGUGAAAUGUACUGGGGAUGAGCGACAAAAGGCUUCUUCUGGUGACAUGCUUUGAUUUUAUUGAUCUUUUGAAACGUGUUAUUCAAGAGCGCUGCUUGCGUUUACCCAAUGUCUUUUAUUCUGGUCAAUAAAGAUUCUGUGUGUUUUACUUUUGAGAGUUUUUGUUGACUGUCACCCACUAUCUUUACGCUAGCUCGCUAGCCUGUUAGCUUGCUUGAGUUAUGACAUCACUUGGUAAAAAGGAUUUCAUAUAUUUCAUAUAACUCUUUCACAUGCGGCGGCUUGAGUCCAGUAACGGAUAUCCAGUGAUGCAUGCUCUGUGAAAGUGUGUCUCUAGCACACUUUCACAGUCUCACUGUGUCCACACACUUGAAUACGUCGUCCCUCCCGCCCGUGUGUGUGUGUGUGUGUGUGUGUGUGUGUGUGUGUGUGUGUGUGUGUGUGUGUGUGUGUGUGUGUGUGUGUGUGUGUGUGUGUGUGUGUGUGUGUGUGUGUGUCCUCCCACGCCGCUCUCACCUCGCCGUCCCAGCCAGCCUCACCGAGCUGUGCUGCAAUCUGGAGCCCUCGCUGUGCCAAACGACACUGCAGCCCCCCCCUCCAUCUACGGCCCUCUAGAAGCACGCUGAAUGUGUCCUCUGAUGGAAAACCUUCACCACCUGUAGCAUAACAAGACACAUGGGACACUGCGGUGAAGGUUCCUUUAGCUCCUCGCUCAGGUCUCAUCCUUCGUUUGAUCACCUCCCACAAUCUGUGUUCUUCUUCCACCAUAAAACUCACAUGAUUGCGAUUGAACGUGUCUAAUGGUCUAAAGAUCGUGCGGAAUAUGGUGAAGCUCAAAGUGGACGACUGAGGACGUCUCCGAUGCUCGUCUCCUCGAGUCCCCUCUUGUCCAAUAGUAAAAAUUGUCACAGGAUUAAAUCCCGCAGCAACGUUUAUGGUCUCAAACUCUACAGCAUGAAGUUGAUCUAGAAAAUGAUGGGUCCAGGUAACCAGGUCAAACAGCUUUAGGGAUGUUCUGCUUACGGAUUCUAUUGGUCUCUGCCGUCCCUCGGUACAAAUGAAAGACUCAACUGGUGGAGAAAAUCCCAAUAAACCUUUUUUGUGUUAACCCGGGAAGAACGUGUUGGUGUGUGUUUGUGUUUGGUCUGCACACAGCUUAAAGCCAGAGGUCUACGUCCCAUCUUUCCUGUUUCUGUGUGUCUUUGUGAACAUCCCGGGAUUUACCAUCUCUAUUUUUACCCACAGUGACACAAAUCUUUUCAGGUUUGUGGGUCACAGUCCAGCAGCCAAAUAUGUGUGAAGAUCUUGGCCUACUUGUGUAGAACAAAACCCUACAGGAUAAACUCAAAAUCCUGUUGGAAGAAUUACAGAAAAACGCUUUUUCUGAAUCAGCUGCUGCAUGCCAUUUGUCAUUGGGCCUAAAGUAAUCUCUCUUGAAUUAUUGAGCUUCAUCUUUUUUUUAGUGCACAUGCAUGUCCAUCAUUUAUGAUGCAUCCUCUGUUUCACACGUCACACGUCCCAGCAUGCCCUACCAGCAUUGGAUGGAGAUCAAUAACUUGCUCCCGGUUACUUCUCGUAACUCAACAUGAUUGGC